UCUAAAUAUUUUUGUUUGUCCAAUUAUUAUAUGAAUAUAAUUUUCUGCAUAUUUAAUUAGUAUCCCUAUAUUAUUUUUUAUAUUUUAUGAAAAACAAAAUUUUGAAGAAAAUUUAUCCACUAUGGAACAGGACGAUGAGAUAAAGUCGGGUUUCUUAUUGUUUCCAUCAGCCGGAGGAAAUAUGUUUAGUAAAUUUCCUAAAAAGAAAAACUGGCAACAAAAAUACUGUGUUUUGUUAAAUGCAAGUAAGCAAGGUAUAGAACGUUUGGAAAUUUAUGACAACAAGGAUGAUGUGACAACAGGUGCUAUUCCGAAAAUAAUAACCUUAGAAAAUUGCAUCAAAAUAACACAUUCUAGUCCAAACACUAUAACUAUUUUGACUAAGUCUCUCACUCAACAAAUAUGUGCUCAGUCAGAGGCGGAAACGUUAGAAUGGGUAACGGCGCUCCAAUCUGUUGCUUUUAGAGGAGUUUCAUCUAGUCCUAUCAGUUGUGAUGAAGAUAAUGACCUCUACUGUUCAUCAGGGGAAGGGGUGUUUUCUGUUAAAAUGUGUCCUUCAGAAGCUUCAACAAGAUGUAGCUUUGAGUCUAUUAGGUACCUGCUUCUUCUUACAGCAACUGCCAUAGAAUUGAGAGAUGUUAAUGACAAUAAGUUAUAUGCUACUUGGCCAUAUAGAUAUAUAAGACGCUAUGGAUAUAGACAGGGUAAGUUUACAUUUGAAGCUGGUAGAAAAUGUGAUACUGGUGAAGGAAUUUUCCAUUUAGAGCAUCCAAAUCAGUCAGAAAUAUUUAAAUGUUUAUCUUUAAAAAUGAAAACUAUGAAACAAAUGAUAGGAAAUGAAAACAUGCACAGUCCCGAACAUUCAGAGUUUAAUAUUCAACCCAGUCUGAACCUAUUUCCGGGUUCAAGAAGUCCAUUGGUGGCUGCUCGGCCAGAUGAUUUAAAUUUAAGUUCUCUUUCAUUCAAAACUUCAUCAAUAUCAAGUCAACAAACUAUCAGUACUGAUAGAGACCAACUUCCCCUCUUAAUGCCAAAACCAGCACUAAAGCCAAAACCACAAAAACCACCAAGAAAAAUAGUAAAUAUACCAAAAAUAAGAGAUACUACAAGUUCUACUGAUGAAAGCAUAGACUUUGGUAGAUAUAAAAAACUUGAUAAUUAUGAACCAAUUGAACAAAUUAAGAAAGAGAGUCCUCCAUUAGUGCCAUAUGAUAAAGUGGAAGUGCGUAGUGAAGCUUGGAAAACUUUAGGUAUAGAUGAUCCAGAUCAUACGGAAUUUACUCCUAAUUUAGGAGAUAGUCCUAAUUGUAUGAAAUUAAUAUCAAGAUCUCAGGAUAAUUUGAAUACCUCAGGACCAGAAACAUCAAGAAUUAUUUUAUUGCCUAGUCCUGUCAUUGAUCCUGAGGAUGAAAAUUAUGAUAGAUUGCAAUAUUUUGGAUCAACAAGCAAAUUAAAUAAAUCCUCUAAGUACAAGAAAAUUGAAGCAAGACCUACAACAUUGGCUCUUAACGAUUCAAAGAGCAAAGACACAUGGAAUGAUUAUGAUGAAGUUGAAAAUGUUAUGCAGACUGCAAGGAUGGCAGAUGAUUCUCAUUUGGGCUAUGGCAUGAUUAGGAAACCAAACACUCCUGGUCCCCAAGUGCCCACUGCAGCACAGGCUCAAAUACUUCAAAACCAAAUAGGUUUGGAAGAUGUUACACAUAGUAAUUGUAAUGGUACUGAUUAUGCUAUUGUCAGCCGUCCGAAAAGAGUUUAAGGAGAAGAGAUUAAAGCUAUGAAGACUGAAUGAAACAAUGAAUUUUACUGGUGAAUAUUAACUCUUCUAUUUACCUAAAACCUUACAGUUUUACACUAUGAUAUAAAUAUUACAUAAAAAUACAAUGUAAGUUUUACCAUUCC